AUGGCGACAGACGACGCAGUGUCCCUGCUACGCACUCUGAAGGCUGCUGGAGAGAAAACGGGUGCGGUGGAGGCGGAAGGCGCGCUUCAUUUGAGGCGCAACUCCCGUCGUACAAUGGACGGCAUCCACGACACCAUCGGACUGCUCCAGGCAAGCCCCUCCUUCAACCUCCCAGCUGCCAAGUACCUGUCCUCAGCAUCCCCCACAGCCCCCGGAGGCGGCGGCGGCGGCGCCGCCAGCACGCUCUCCAGUAGCAGCGCCCUCCUCAACCUCAAUUAUGGCAACUCCAUCCUCAUCCCCAUCGCCAGCAGCCCCGUCCACACCACCACCACCAACGGUAACGGUAACGGUAAUAACGGUAACGGUGGCUCGUUGCCCGUUAUUACCUCCACAGCCUCCUCCCCCAUUGCCUCGCCCGCUCGCCUCUCAGUUCGUCCGCCACCGACUCUCACGUCGCUCCCAAGCCCCACUAACAGCAGCCCGGGCGGCAGCGGCGCAGCGGCGGCGGCGGCGGCGGGAGGAUCCAGCGGCGGACCGCCAUCGCCGCCUUGCCUUGGACCGCCACACCUCAAUUCCGUACACACACGUCGCUCCCUCCACACGCACUCAUCCAAUGGAAGUCCAUACGACGCCUUACAGUUGCCGUACAGCCACGGAAGUCCGCUACCGCUCUUGUUCGAUCCGCCGGUCUCCCUGCCGCCGUCGGCGGCGGCGGCGGCGGCGGCGGCACCUGCAGCCUCUGGAGUUGGCGUCCCUUUGGGCGUCCCUGGAGUCGCUGGCGGCCCCGGCAGUCCCGGCACUCGACUUGUCCAGCUUUCCACUUCCGCCGCGCCGCCGUCACCGCCGUCGGCGGCGUCAUCCUCUUUGCCUGCCAUUGCCACUGUCGGCAGCAGCAGCGGCGGCAGCGGCGUCGGCGGCGGCAGUAGCUCGCCCCUGUCGGCGCCCAUGCCCUCCUUGCUACUGCCGUCUACCAGCCUCCGAUCAGUUGGCGGCCGCAAUGGCCCCGUUGGCGGUCUUCUGGUCGCCGCUGCUGGCGGCAGUGGCAGCGGUAGCGGCAGUAGCAGCGCCAGUCCCCUUAAAUCACAACCAGCCGCCGGCGGCUCACUAUCCUCCGGGAUUUCAAGUACGCCUGCAGGCCGCCUCGCGAACCCCACAACACCCCGGAACGGUGCAGACCUCGCCCCGACGGCAUCUUGCUCGUCAUCGUCCUCAGUGCCGCUGCCGCUGGCACCAGGCGCGGCGCAAGCCGCGCUCCAGAGCCAGCUGGCGGCGGCGGCGGCAGCGGCGGCGGCUGGGCAGCAGCGCGGCGGCCGUCCAUCCUCAGCUAGAUCCAUGGCAGGUAGCUCCUUCGUUAUGGCAGUGCCGGAGGGCCUCAACGGUACCGCUUUCAAGUCGGCGGCUAAGCAUGACGGGCACGUCGUGACGUCACGGCCGUCGGUCAGCUCAGCCCGCGGGGUGUCCGGCGCAGGGCCUGGCGGCGCCGUCGUCAUCGUCGGCGGCAGUGCCGCCAGCCUGCCUUGUGUCGUACAUCCCCGUGACUCGCGCUCAUCCGAUCCGGGGACAUGUGGCCCGGUGACGGUGACGGCGGCGGCGGCGGUGCCGCCGGGGGGAACGGCGGCGGCGCCGUCUGGGGCGGCGGAGUUUGGCUUUCCAACGGCGGCGGAGCCUCCGCUGGCUGGCCGCCAGAGCCUCGCGCCGCUGACGAGCGCCGCGUUGCAGGCCGUACGGGCGAACACGCCGCCUGCGUCUUCGCCAUGGCCUUUGAAUUCGCCCUCAAGCCCGCCGCAACUGAACCUCCGCGCGCCCCGCCCCGAGCCGCUCCCGCAGCGCCCUGAGCCGCCGCCGGCACAGCUGCCCACAGCGGCAGCGGCGGCGGCCGCCGUCGCGGCGGCGGCGCUGCCUGAGCCUUUGCAACCACGAACAGAGUCUCUGCCGCCGCUGGCAGAGCCGCUGCCGUCGCUGGCGGCAACGGGCAGCGUCGCCGCUGCCUCGGGGUCGGUGGCGGGACCGCUGCCGCUCAAAGCCAUUCCUUUGGGCCGAGCCGGCACACUUGCGCCGCUAACAUUUCCUGAAGAGGUACUUACGACGGCACCGGGCCCGGUGGCUGAAUCCAGCUUGGAUCCAAGAACGCCGGAUCUGGAUCCAGCUGCCUUGUUCGGGCCAAAUCCUGGAUCCGGAUUUGGUGCUGGAUCCAGAUCCGGAUCAGGAUUUAUGGAGCUAACGGUGCGAUCCAUGGCAAUGAAAAUGGCGUCGACGGGAGCCGCUAGUGGCGCCGUCGCCAUCGGCGGCGAAGGAUUUUCCGUACAGAGCAGUGUACGGCAGCGGUUACAGACGGAUCCCCUGCGUUUUCAUCCACCGGCUUCUGCUGCUGGUGCGGUACGUCGCCAUUCUGGCGGCAGUACGCCGUACUUGGAUCCAUUGGAGGCGACGCCACGAUUGGUGCUCGGCGGCGCCUCCGUCGGACCGCCGCUGCGCACGGGCCGGGCGCUUAGCUCAGCGGCGGCCAGCGGCGGCGGCGAUGCGCUAUGGGCGCCUAGUCAGAAUAUAUUGCCGCAUCUGGUCAGCCGAGUCAGCGGCAGCGGCGCCGUCAGCGGCGGCAACGGCAGCCGCCUGUGCUUCAGUCCAUCAUCAACGGCGGCGACGCCCCAGCCCGCCACCCCAGGGUUUGAUCUUCCAGCGUCGCGGCUACGGAGCAACAGUAGCGGCAGCGGCAGUAGCAGGAUUGCCGAAGGUGGCCCUCCCUCUAAGCAAACACCGAGUGAGACGCUGCCGCCGCCGCCGCCGCUGCCGCGUCACAGCUCCCAGCGAGCGCCAGGGGGGCUUCAGUCAGUCUACCUUCAGGCGCUGGCGGCGGCGGCGGGGCUUGACGGCAGCGGCGACGCAGCGGUGCCGCCGCUGCGGCGGCAGCGCUCCCUGAGCGAGAGCGGCUGUAGCGCGUUCCUCGCUUCUUCCGCCGCCGCCGCCGCCGCCGCUGCGGCGGACAGCGGCUUCGUGGGUUUGCCGCUGGAGGGCGGCCUGUCGGUGCUUGGCGACAUGAUGUCCCUAGCGCGGGCGGGGCGGUACCACAAUGUACGGUACAGCAGCGGCUUGGUGGAUGGUUUCCAGCCCAACAACAGUACAAUUUCGGACCAUUCGUGCAAGGCUGCAACGGAGAUUGCAGCCGGGGGGCCGCAAGGCUUCGUGAGGCAGUAUGAUGAUGAUGAUAAUGAUGAUAAUGAUGGCGACGUCAGCUCGGAACAAAACGACAACCGCCGGCACCGCCAUCAUGAACGCGACGCUGGUGCGGUGUUGGAGGUCGCGAUGCAGGCGUCGGAGCGCGGACUCGCCAGCGGCAGCGGCAGCGGUGGUUUCGGAGCCGAAGUCAGUCCUGGCACCGGCGGCGCACAUUUUACCCAUGGGCCGUCUUGUGGCAACCGACUGUCCCCAGAAUCAGUGGAAGUGAUGUUGGCAUGGGGCUCUUAA